AUGACAAACAAGGAGUCCGAGGAUGUGGGUCUCUCCAUACCACUGUGCAUCUACAACGGAGCUUCCCAAACCAAUGGUACCUGCAUGGACCAAAUUGGCCGCUUCUUCCAACCGUUCUCCUCGACCUUUGCGCUCAUGGUGCUGGUGGCCAUGAUAAUUGGGAUAAUAUUGGUUUCCCUGGUAGCAUUUCACUUUAACAAGAGGAGAAUGAAGAAGAGGAAGAUUCAACGUGCCCAGGAGGAAUACGAGCGUGACAACCUCAGCCCGUCCACCAAGGCGAAGAGAGAGCCUAUGAGACCAUGCAUUAUUGUCCGACCAUCGCCUCGAGAUGGCGAACACCGGCCACACUCCGCUGUCCAAAAUACCAGUUAUCACAUUCAGGAGGACGUCGGUACCUUACCCAUUACAAAUAAUGCGUCAGAAUUGGAUAUGGCACACAUUGAGCAAGGAGACGGACAAGUGCUGGAAACGGUCGUCUUGUCUUGA